AUGUCUCCAUUGGCGAUCAGCUGUGGUUAUUGGUGCAUAUUGAUACUAACUCUCCUCUGCCUGUUGCUGGAGCUCAUCAUCAGCAGACUGUGCAACUCCCUCAUCAACAUGGUGGACAGCUUUCACACUCUUUUUGUGUUCCUACACCUCUGCCUGCCAGUGGUCCAUGGACUGCUUGCUAAUCGGUCAGUGACAUUCUCCUCCUCAUACGGUUUGGCCAGAAUUCGGCCAUUUGGUGUGAUGGUUUCUGCCCUGCUGCUCGCUUCAUUGUGCGCCUCCAUCUUCCUAGACAUUCUCAGUCAUUUUCUGCGGCCGCACCCCAUCCAGAGGCCUGAGCUCGCACUUGCCGCUGGAGUGAUGGGCAUUGCCUUUAACCUGGCCAUAGCGUGGACAAGCUGCACUGGACGGUGGAGUCCAGAGGAUGACCCUUCAUUGAUAUGGAACUAUUCUUCAGGUCUGGACCACAAAAGUAAGCAAAGUUUGCGAGAUGUUAAGGUGGAACCUACUGGGUAUUCACAAAAUGAAGCAGCCAGCAGAAGUCCAGAGAUUGAGCCGGCAUCCACAGGCAGUCUGCAGUCAUCUUGUUGUCUCUUUGUUUUGGCUUUGGUAAAUGGAAAAUGUAUGGUGGGACCUGUGCUGGUGGUGGCCAACGGGCUUGCACAUCUCCUGAUGAGCCAUGACUGCAUGCAUGGAUGGCGCUGCAAUCUUUUCCUUUACUUGGAUCCAAUAUUCUCCUUUCUUACAGUGUUAGUGCUUUUGACUUUAGCCCUGCCAGAAGUGAAGUACCAUGGCUACAUUUUCCUUCAAGGUGUGCCAGCUCAUAUUCACUUGGCCAACAUGGGGCAUCAGAUCAGCCAACUUCCUGAAGUGGUGGCUUUCCAUGACUUGCAUGUUUGGCAGAUGGUGGGAUCCCACCUGGUGGCAUCUCUUCACGUUCAAUGCUGUGACAGCACCAGCUACCCGGCCCUCAUCGCAGGAAUCUCUGCUGUGUUUAAUAAUGUGGGCAUACAGCAAGUCACCAUCCAACCAGAGUUCACAACCCCAGCCCAGAAACAAAUGCAGUGUUGGCUGGCUUGCGGAAAAGCAUGCUCCCAAAAACUAUGCUGCCAUAAUCCAGAAGAGAGCGAGAAGCAGUUUAAGAAGAAACAGGAAAGUGAAGAGGAACCCAAAGAUCUGAUUUUUAAGAACAUUUACAUUUGAAUCGCUCCUUUCACCUGACCUCAGGAUCCAGAGAUACAAAGUGGACCUCAAAGUCUUCAUUUUUUUUCAUCCAAUGAAAUGUUUUCAGGAUAAGUUCAAACAUGCUUUACGGUUUAAAAAGAUAGUAACUUUGGAAUUAGGGUGACAUUCUUUAUGAAGUCAAACUAGUGGUACUCAGAAUGGACCUGCACACAUUAAUCCAAAGAAUAUGCAAUAUGUUUGUUUUUUGUGUAAAAUAUUAUUUCUUUAUACUGGGUGCUCAGCACCACUUUCCUGAGCAUUGUAUUGUAAGUCAUAGGCAAGUAGUGUGACCUUGUGUUAAAAGAACUGGACAUAUGAUCCGUUUGGUGAAGAUCUCUUGUAUUUGUGGAAUUCCCAUAAGAUAAGACCACCAUAAUGAUCUAUAGCUACCAUUAAUAGAUAGAUAGAUAGAUAGAUAGAUAGAUAGAUA